GCAUGGCUCUUAGAGAGAGCCGCUGGAUUUUUGAAUCGGCGGCGGCAGCCUCCCUCGAGCCAUGGCGGCGCCAGGGAGGGUCAUGAGUGUUUGAGGACGAUAACCAAGGACUGCUCCGGAGUGGUUCUUUUUUAUACUUAAGCGUGCCGCCAUCAAAUAGCACAAACAAUGGCUGACAACAGUGUACUGACAUCUACUGAGAUAACCAGCUUGGCGGAUUCUUCCAUCCUUGAUUCUAAAGUUACUGAAAUGUCCAAGGAAAACUUGUGCAUGGCGUCUACUUCAAAUGUUGAUGAAGAAAUGCUUCAGGUUGAAACGAGACUGAUACUGGUCCAGGACGCUGGGAAACAAGAAGAGCUUGUGACGGCGGUAAAGACUGUUAAGAUAAUGGAAGUCCCUGUUAUAAAGAUAAAAGAAAGUUGUCCUGGAAAAUCGGAUGAAAAGUUAAUAAAAAGUGUUAUUAAUAUGGAAAUUAAAGUACCCUGUGUAAAGAUGGACUCAAUGGAAGAAUUUGGAGGUUUGGAUUCCCCAGAAUUUGAGAAUGUAUUUGUAGUCACUGACUUCCAGAACUCUGUCUUCGAUGACUUACGCAAGACUGACUGUCGAAUUGUUGGGCCACCAGUCAUACUCAACUGUGCACAAAAUGGAGAGCCCUUGCCGUUUUCCUGCCGGCCACUGUAUUGUACAAGUAUGCUGAACCUCGUGCUGUGCUUCACUGGAUUCAGGAAGAAGGAGGAGCUCGUCAAUUUGGUGACAUUGGUUCAUCAUAUGGGUGGAGUUAUUCGAAAAGAAUGUAAUUCCAAAGUAACGCAUCUGGUGGCAAAUUGCACACAAGGAGAAAAAUUCAGGGUUGCUGUGAGCCUGGGUACUCCAAUUAUGAAGCCAGAGUGGAUUUAUAAAGCAUGGGAAAGACGGAAUGAGCAAUGUUUCUGCGCAGCAGUUGAUGACUUUAGAAAUGAAUUUAAAGUUCCUCCAUUUCAAGAUUGCAUUUUAAGUUUCCUGGGAUUUUCGGAUGAAGAGAAAAACAGUAUGGAAGAAAUGACUGAGAUGCAAGGAGGCAGCUGGUUACCAGUUGGAGAUGAAAGGUGCACUCACCUUAUUGUUGAAGAGAAUACAGUGAAGGAACUUCCAUUUGAACCCUCAAAGAAACUUUUUGUUGUCAAGCAAGAGUGGUUCUGGGGAAGCAUUCAGAUGGAUGCUCGUGCUGGAGAAACUAUGUAUUUGUAUGAAAAGACUAAUACUCCUGAGCUCAAGAAGUCAGUGUCCCUGCUUUCUCUGAGCACUCCAAACAGCAACCGCAAAAGACGCAGACUCAGAGAAACACUGGCUCAACUCUCCAGAGAGACUGACCUCUCCCCUUUCCCACCUCGAAAGCGGCCCUCGGCCGAGCAUUCCCUUUCUAUUGGUUCACUGCUUGACAUCUCCAACACACCUGAGUCCAGCAUUCACUAUGGAGAAACACCUAAGUCUUGUUCAAAGUCUUCUAGAAGUUCUACUCCAGUUCCUCCAAAGCAGUCAGCCCGGUGGCAAGUGGCAAAAGAGCUCUACCAGACAGAGAGUAAUUACGUCAAUAUACUGGCGACAAUUAUUCAAUUAUUUCAGGUACCAUUAGAAGAAGAAGGGCAACGUGGCGGACCUAUUCUUGCACCAGAGGAGAUCAAGACUAUUUUUGGGAGUAUCCCAGAUAUCUUUGAUGUACAUAUGAAGAUAAAGGAUGAUCUUGAAGACCUUAUUGUUAAUUGGGAUGAGAGUAAAAGCAUUGGUGACAUCUUUCUUAAAUAUUCAAAAGAUUUGGUAAAAACCUACCCUCCCUUUGUAAACUUCUUUGAAAUGAGCAAGGAAACAAUUAUUAAAUGUGAAAAACAGAAGCCCAGAUUUCAUGCUUUUCUCAAGAUAAAUCAAGCUAAGCCAGAGUGUGGACGGCAGAGCCUUGUGGAACUUCUCAUUCGGCCAGUGCAGAGGCUACCCAGCGUUGCUUUACUUCUAAAUGAUCUUAAGAAGCAUACAGCCGAUGAAAAUCCUGACAAAAGCACUUUAGAAAAAGCUAUUGGAUCACUCAAAGAAGUAAUGACACAUAUCAAUGAGGAUAAGAGAAAAACAGAAGCACAGAAGCAGAUUUUUGAUGUUGUCUAUGAAGUAGAUGGAUGUCCAGCUAACCUGUUGUCUUCUCAUCGAAGCCUCGUACAAAGAGUGGAAACAGUUUCUCUAGGCGAGCACCCCUGUGACCGAGGAGAGCAGGUCACUCUCUUCCUCUUCAAUGACUGCCUCGAGAUAGCAAGAAAACGGCAUAAGGUUAUCGGAACUUUUAGAAGUCCUCAUGACCGCACCCGACCGCCGGCUUCUCUUAAGCAUAUUCAUCUAAUGCCUCUGUCUCAGAUUAAGAAGGUGCUGGACAUUAGAGAGACGGAAGAUUGUCAUAAUGCUUUUGCCUUGCUGGUGAGGCCACCAACGGAGCAGGCCAACGUACUGCUCAGCUUCCAGAUGACGUCAGAGGAGCUUCCAAAAGAAAACUGGCUGAAGAUGCUGUGCCGACAUGUUGCCAACACCAUUUGUAAAGCAGAUGCUGAGAAUCUUAUGUAUGUGGCUGAUCCAGAAUCUUUUGAAGUAAAUACAAAAGAUAUGGAUAGUACAUUGAGUCGAGCAUCUAGAGCAAUAAAAAAGACUUCAAAAAAGGUUACAAGAGCAUUCUCAUUUUCCAAAACUCCCAAGAGAGCCCUGCGGAUGGCUCUUUCAUCAUCCCAUAGCUCAGAGGGAAGGAGUCCUCCCAGUAGUGGCAAACUUGCCGUGAGCCGUCUCUCCAGCACCUCAUCCUUAGCAAAAUGUUCUUCCCAAGUCACCUUUGGCAUUUGUGAAGAAUUAGGAGCUGUACCAAGCAGUAAUGGAAACAAGCCUUGUGAAGUUUAAUGGUAUUCCAUCUCCCUCUCUCGUCAGCCUCCCUUCUUUCUUUGAGCGGAGAAGUCAUACAUUAAGUAGAUCUACUACUCACUUGAUAUGAAACUUAACCCACCGACCUCACACUUCAACAAGAUGCUGACGUAAAUGGUACUUCAAAUUUGCACUUGGUCAAAGUCCUAAAGAAGAUAGUAACACUAACCAAUGCUGUUGCAUGUUCUUGAAAAACUACAUUUGCUUCUUAACAUUUUUCAAGAUAAUCCAUGUAAAAAAUAUGUUGAUUUUGGUGUAAUUUAUCUGUUUGAUUCUCACAUCUGAAGGCCAGUACCUUAAGUUAUUCAUGAUAAUCAGUAGCUUUGUAACCUGAUACAGUAAGCUUAUUGCUGGGUGUAAAAUACUGUUGUCUAUUUGUAUAGUAUCUUGAAUGAAUUUUUGGAAUUACAUAUUUGUGUAUCUCAAUUUGUGCAGAGACUAAAUGGCGAUGCAAUACUUAAUAAAAACCUCUGGUUAAAUUCUAGGGGCUAAUUCACAUGUAUUUGAUGUGCUUAACUGCUCUUUUGCAGUUUAUUUUCUUUUAAAGUAAAAGAUGUAGCACAUGGAUUUUAAAAGAUACACAAGUAUUCCCCGUAUAAUUAAGAUUGUUUGAAAGUAUUUUUGAAAAUGGAGAUAAGGACAGAAAGAUUACAAAACAUUGUAUAUGCUGCAAAGACAGAUAUUAGUAUGUACUUUUAGUUGUUUCAGAGACUUUAUUCUUAUUUUAUUUUAUUUUUGUUGUAGUCAUUAUCAAAUCUUGCUUUAGUUUUGACUGCUGUAUUGAAUUUUAUUUUAAAGGAGAAGGCCAUGGGAAAGCUGUUAAGAAUUGCUUCUGUUCUCUAUAUAGUUGGUCUGAAUUUGCCUUCAGUUUUUCUAAUCUGUGAAAUGCAUAGUUAUUUUUUGUUGUGGUUAUGUCAUUAAAUAUAAGAUUGGAAAUUUAUUGUCAAGUAUGUAAAUCUGCUAUUAUCUUCUACUGUAGCAUUUUUUAGAGUCAGUAAUGCAGAAUGGUCAGGUUCCUAUGCCCAGUGUAUUAUUUGCUACAUGUUCAAGGGGGUGUCGUAAGUCUCCUUGUUACUUAAUUUUCGAUAAUCUGCUUUAAUGGUUUAAUUGGCUUUGUAUUUUUUCUGUUUGAUGUGUGCCACCUCACAGAUUAGUAUGCUACAUUAUUUUGCUAUAUUUUAAAAGCAGUCAUUAGCAAGAACUUUGUAAAUAAAUAGCUUAAAAACACAA